ACAGGGCCGCUUUCAAGUAGGUAGGACCAGUCUGGAGAGUGCAGUCAGCCGAGAGGAGCCUGGCAUCAUGGAGAGGCUGUUUGUGUUGGUCUUCGCUCUUACCCUGCUGGCUUUCUCUUCAGAAGCCUCCCCGAUUCUGACAGAAAAGCAAGCGAAACAGCUCCUGAGGUCCAGGCGACAGGACAGGCCCAGCAAACCUGGAUUUCCGGACGAGCCCAUGCGGGAGUAUGCGCACCACCUCCUGGCCCUGGAGCACCGCGCUGAGGAACAGUUUCUGGAGCACUGGCUGAAUCCUCACUGCAAGCCCCACUGCGACAGGAACAUUGUCCAUCCCGUGUAAAGGACCUGGGGCCAGCUCGCAAGCAUGCUGAUAGGCAGUGAUCCAGAGACUGCUGGGACAGAGAGAAGCUUAUCUUCUAUUUGAUCUUAAAAACAAAGUCUUCUGGCCUCAAGAACAUGUGGCCCUUAGUGAACGGGCCAGAAGUUGCCUUGGGGGAAAUGAUGCAUAUGUAUUCUGCUCCAUUUUACUAACCUGCCUACAUCGUGAAAACUAACAGCUUGAAGCCCAGGGCUCCUGAAAGGCCUUCCUGCCAGUUUGCAAGUGUGGGUAGAACUCCGGUCCUUCCGUAGAGGGAUGGAGCUGGGGGCUUCAGAACAGACAUAGGACAGGACAUCUGUCCUGGGGACCCUGGGCAUAUCUUGUUCAGAGAGGGAAGUGCAUCACUUGGGUCAUCCACUUUUUUCUUUCUUUGCUGAACUAAUAAAGGCCGGUGCUUAGUCU